AUGCAGAGCCAAGAAAGUGGCACCAGCAGGCCGGAGUCCCACGAGGGCACCAAAGCCGUGGUGUCCGAAGAACCAAUGACGGCCCAGCGUGUCAUCCACCUGCACCUUGAGCUGCUCUCUUUCCUUAACGACCUCCAGACGGCGGCCGACGCCAAGCAGUCGCUGCGGCGAACCAAGUAUGAGGAGGCCCUGCGAUUGCGCACGGAGCGGCUGAACAAUUCCAAGGAGUUCAGCAAGAGGAAACUGGAGGAGAUCAAGGAGGGCUGGGCUCAAGCUGCCACCAAGACCACACUGCCCGACCUCUUGGAUGCUUUGAACCGUCAACAGACGCUCUGCUCAGAGAUAAUGGGCCACAAGAUGGACCUCAUUGCCGAACUGCAGAAGAAAUGGCUGGACGGUGACGAGCGCCACUCCAUCGAUCUCCGUAAGCAGGCGGAGGCCCUAGACUUGAUGAUCGAGCGCAUGGACAAGGUCCGAGUGAAGACCAUGGCCAACAAGGAGCUGGCGCACAUCCAGAGCCCGCACGAAAUUUUCCUCAAGCAGAGCCUGCGCGAAUGGGAUGGCUACCAGACGGAGCUCAAGGCCCGCCGCAAGGAAUGGUUGACCCAGAGGAAGCUGGCCAUGGAGGAGUACGAGAAGGCCAUGCCCAUACUGGAGCUGACUCAAGAGGAGUGCAACACGUCCAAGCGCAACAUCGACAUGAAGUUGAUGGAGCUGGAGCGAGAGCAGGAGGAGAUCAAGGGCAAGCGCAAUGUGCUGGAGGCCCGCAAGCUUAGCUGCGAUGAGAAACCCGAGGUCAUCUAUUUGCUGCGCAAGCGCGUAAACACGCUCAAGGUGCAGCUGAGCGACAUCAUGAAGAACAUUCAGAUGGAGGAGGAGAGCUUCCAUCGACGCGAGCAGCACCUGCUGGAAGAUAUUCGCCACAGCAUUGCGCAGCACAAGCGCAUCCAGAAGAAGAUCAAGCACUUCGCCCUGAGCGAUGCGCAGACCUUCGUGGAUAUGUCACGCAUGUUGGUGGCGGAGGUGAAGCUGCUGGCCGAGAGUGCGCUGGCGGCCGACUCACACCUCUGCGCCCACCUGGGUUUGAAGUGGGAGCGACCUGUGGCCACCAUGGAGCGCUGCUAUCCCAUCCAGCCGCAGGACAAGUUCGAGAUGGCGGCUCAGGUGUAUGCUGAGAGCGUGGCCGAGGUGGAUACCAAGACCAUGACGGCGUUGCUGGCAUUACUCAGCGACGAGCUGGGCUUCUUGAUCGAAAACAGCGAGCACCUCAGCUUCUUAUACAACGAGCAACACACGGCUGAGAAGCUCCUCGGACUCCUCAACGCCUUUGACUUCUACGACGACGACCUCAACAGGCUGGCCGCGUUUCUGCUCAAGUACGAGGAGCAGCACCGAACUGAUGACGACCCCGACUGUGGGUCCGAGCAUAUAAUCCAUCCUAACAAUAUCCUGCCCGCGUUUUUGAGCUUCGUCAGCUACCGCGUGCACUGCAUGAAGAGUUCGUCACUGCGCCAUUAUCUGGACUGGGAUUCUGAUGCAGAUAAAGCCUUUUGGGAGAGCAUGGUUAACGUCGUCCCCGAAGAGAAGCUCCGGAUCUGGGACGCUGCAGAGAUUGCCCUGACGCAGUAUCUUGCCAUUCUGGAGGAGAACUCUGAAAUAUUUCAGAAGAAUCUGAUUCUGGAAGAGGAAAACAAGGAGUUGCGCAAGCAAUUAUCGUGCGAGAAAGAUGGGAGCGCUUUUCUGUUCAAGGACUUUCUGGAAAAAGAUGAUAAAACGUAA